AUGCCUUCCAACGAAUCCACCCACCUCUCUUCUGAGAACACUCUCAUCGAGCAAACGCCCUCCACCGAUCCCUCCAUUCCUUCGACCCCCGAGAUGUCCGUAGUAGAAGAACGGUCCGUACCGUGGGACACAGACGAAGAACAAGCAGCGCGGGAGGCGGAAGAAGGAUUCAGCGAGUACCUGGAAGGACUGGACGAGGACGAACGACGACAAGACGAGAUGAUCAGACUACUGACGGAGGAUUUCGAUAGACCUUCACCUUCCCACUCUCCCUCACCGCCCCCUCUGAUCCGCGAAGCCAACGAAGGCGUCAUCUUUCCGGAUAGAGAAACUUAUCUCACGACCCCCGUUGCGUAUAUGAUGGGACUUAUCGAGGGGACGCCUAACACAGAAUUUGUGUCAGGACCGACCAGACCGGAGAUUCAGAGGGCGUUGGAGAUUUUAGAGGAAGAAAGGAGUUUUGUCCGACACGCACAGCGAGCCCUGCAGAUCCAAGAGGGCACGAUCAUUGCCCGUAUUAACGCUGGAGAGCGAAAACUCAUGGGCUUGCAGAAUCUUCGAGACUCCUUUCACCCCGCCGACGACCCCACUCCCUCCACCGAGUAUCACAUGCCUACCACGGCUGUGGUAUCUCGUGCCUCGUCUACGGCCUCAAAUGGCGCUCCGCUUCGCCCAAUGCCGGGGACCUACCCCACGAGAACCGACAGGGAACGAGGUGUAUAUCGAUUCACACCUGUCUCCCCCCGCAUUCACCUUCUUCCCGCGCCCCCCGGCCUCAUCCGUCCUUCGCUACGAACCCGACCCCCUCUCCCCUUCACUGAAUACGACUCCAGCGAGUCCAACACCGCGCCCAUUAUACUCCGUCCUCGUGGAGCUUAA